CUGCCCACCCCUCCAUAAAGCCCUCACAUCCCAGGAUAGUGAGCAGAGCCAAGGAAGAAUGGAGAGGAGACGCACCACCUCCACUGCUCGUCGCUCCUACCUCUCCUCCUCUGCGGAGAUGGUGGUGGGGGGUCUGGCUCCUGGCCGCCGCCUGGGUGCUGGCACUCGCCUCUCCCUGGCUCGAAUGCCCCCUCCACUCCCGGCCCGGGUGGACUUCUCCCUGGCCGGGGCACUCAAUGCUGGCUUCAAGGAGACCCGGGCCAGUGAGAGAGCAGAGAUGAUGGAGCUCAAUGACCGCUUUGCCAGCUACAUCGAGAAGGUUCGCUUCCUGGAACAGCAAAACAAGGCACUGGCUGCUGAGCUGAACCAGCUCCGGUCUAAGGAGCCCACCAAGCUGGCUGACGUCUACCAGGCGGAGCUGCGAGAGCUCCGGCUGCGGUUAGAUCAACUCACCGCCAAUAGUGCCCGGCUGGAAGUCGAAAGGGACAACUUGGCACAGGACCUGGGCACCCUGAGGCAGAAGCUCCAGGAUGAAACCAACCUGAGGCUGGAGGCAGAGAACAACUUGGCUGCCUUUAGACAGGAGGCAGAUGAAGCCACCCUGGCCCGUCUGGAUCUGGAAAGGAAGAUUGAAUCACUGGAGGAGGAGAUUCAGUUCUUGAGGAAGAUCCAUGAGGAGGAGGUUCGGGAACUCCAGGAGCAGCUGGCCCGACAGCAGGUCCAUGUGGAGCUGGAUGUGGCCAAGCCAGACCUCACAGCAGCCCUGAGAGAGAUCCGCACGCAGUAUGAGGCAGUGGCAUCCAGCAACAUGCAUGAGGCAGAGGAAUGGUAUCGGUCCAAGUUUGCGGACCUCACAGACGCGGCCGCCCGAAACGCCGACCUGCUCCGCCAGGCCAAGCAUGAGGCCAAUGACUACCGGCGCCAGCUGCAGGCCAUGACCUGCGACCUUGAAUCCUUGCGCGGCACGAACGAGUCCUUGGAGAGGCAGAUGCGUGAGCAGGAGGAGCGCCACGCGCGGGAGGCGGCGGGUUACCAGGAGGCGCUGGCCCGGCUGGAGGAGGAGGGGCAGAGCCUCAAGGAUGAGAUGGCACGCCACCUGCAGGAGUACCAGGACCUGCUCAACGUCAAGCUGGCCUUGGACAUCGAGAUCGCCACCUACAGAAAGCUGCUGGAGGGCGAGGAGAACCGUAUCACCAUUCCUGUGCAGACCUUCUCCAACCUGCAGAUCCGAGGGGGCAAAGGCACCAAAGAAGGGGAAACUCACAAGGUCACAAGACAUCUCAAAAGCCUCACAGUACAAGUUAUACCAAUACAGGCUCAGCAGAUUGUAAACGGAGCCCCAGCUCUCGGUUAGCUGCCUACCUCUCAGCUUGACAAGGAGGGAACCUCACUAGCCCCAUUUUCCCUGUCCUCUUGGGCUCCUUCCUCCCAGGGCUUCCCCUAAAGAUCCAAGACUGUCAUUUUUCCAGGAACCUCAGUGCCCAGCCCAGGACCUGGCACAGGGUAAAUGUAGAUUAAAAUAGCAGAACUGGUUAAUGUUAAAGGUAGUGUGUCCUUGGGCACUCAGAUGAGAUGCUCUGGGGACUCUGAGCAAACACCAUCCUCUGUCUCACCUCUUCCUCAUCACUGGGACGGCCCCUUGGGUCUCUCUGUGCCUGGGGGCCAAGCUCUGUGCUUGAUUUGUUUGUCCCCGAGGCUCUGCUGCUCAGCUCAGUGCUGAUUCAGUCCACAGGAUCAUUUCCCUCUGGGCUGCUGCUCUUGUAGUGAAUAAAGUUUUAUGUUCCCUGCUCUUAAUUUUAAAUAUUA